AGCCUGAGAAGAUGUCCACAGCGGGCGCAGGCGCAGCGGGUGCAGGGGAUGCAGGCGCAGGGGAUGCAGGUGCAGGUGCAUCUGGUACAAGUGUGGUUACUGCAGCUGAUCAGUCAAGCACUGAGCCUGAUAUGGACGACCUGGCACUAGAUAGCCUCAUAGACACCUUAGGUGGACCUGAAGAUGAUUUGCUUACUGAUCCUGCUUACAGUUAUCUGGAUGUUAUGAAUCCCAUGACAGAUGCUGAGCUUGCAGAGGCCCUGUAUUCUGUCUUUAGCUGCAGUGCUGCUCCUGCUGAAGAAAGGAGCCUGCCAGAGGAGGUAGGAGAUGGUGCGGUGCAAGCUUUCCUUGAUACUCUUGGUGGACCUGAACCUGAACUUGAAGAAUAUCUUAGCCCUGUUGUAGAGGUGUCAGAGGCAAGAGCUGAAGAAGGAGAAAAGGCUGGAGAACGUGAUGACACGGUACCUCCAGAAUACAGGCUGUUACUGGAGUUGGAUACAGAUGGAAUGCCAAUGCUGCCAGAGCCUGAAGAAAUACCUAAGCCUUUGAGUGAUUAUGAUCUUGUUGAUGAAUUUUCAAAAGACUUUGCCUGCCCUGCACAGCCUGCAGUACAAUACACACCAUCGACGCCCAGCAGCACAUCCCAAAAACCUUCAGAUCCUGUGUCUGCAAAAACUGCUGAGGCUGUAGUAGUCCCUCGUGCCACAGCUUGCACUGUGCAGUCUUCAGCUCCAUCAGCUGUGUCUUCAGUUGGUCACGUGGCAGAUGAAGUACUGGAAGUCUUGUCCGGUAGCCUAGGAAAGAGGGAACCUGAUCCAGGUGACAAGAAACCUGCUGUGGACAAAGUUCAGGGAGGAAAAGAGAUGGAUGAAGCCUUGGAUCUCCUGUCUGAUUCCCUGGGACAGAGGGAGCCUGGCCCUGAUGAGAACAAACCGGUUGUGGAUGAAGUAAAGUGUACAACAAAAGUGGAAAAGAAACGACCAGGAAAACGAACACAAAGGAUGAAGCAUAUGUCAAGGGUCCUAAAAAGGCUAAUGGACGGUCCUCCAGCGGCAAAUCUGAGAAGCAGAAAACGAGCUAAACGUUAAGACGAUUGGGGUCUUGGUGCCUCACGUAAAAUGUCUUCUCUGCCUUGGUGGAUAAUUCUUCCUGAAGAACAAAAGCUGAUGCAAAAAGCACGUGGUUAUUCUGGGUGGUUUUUGUACAGCCAUACUUGCUGGACUUUGUAAUAUUUUCUUUUUUCCCGGUAGUAGACUAAGGUGGUUUUUAUUCCUUUUUUUCUCUAGCCGUUCAUCAAACCACACCACCAUUCUUUCUGUUAUACUCAUCUUCUUUGACUGCUUUGUCAUCCUCUUCGGUUUCAGAGAGAAAGAACGCUUUCUAUUUGCAAGAAAUAUAUUUCAUAACUGAGAAGCAAUGCCAAGAAAAAAAAAAAGAAUCUGCAGACUUUUGCACAGAGUCUCCACAUAGUGCCUGUAAAUCUCAGAAUAACUUGUAAGUGCUAGCCUUUUUAGCGUUGCAGUGAGUGCACUACGUAUUCUGGAAUAUAAUGAGCUUCAGCUGUCCUCAGCCCGCCUCUGCCUGGCUGUACGGUCUUUCCUCAAGCUGGUUCCUGGUAGGAAAGCGUAGGUAAGCUGGGGGUAGCUAAAGAAUGAGAAACUGGGGAUUAACUGCUUCAUCGAGCGUAUCUAGUAAUAAAUCAGGUAUUUUGGAUGCUGCCUUAACUGUAGUUACAACAACAAAACCACACCAGAUAAGGGUCUUAGGGUUUUUGUGUUUUUCUGUUUUGUUUUUGUUUCUUUCUUACUAUUUCCAAUCGUAUCUGUACUGCUGUCUCGUAAUUUCUGCAGUCUCCUGGACUGAACAAAUACAAAUCCUGGUGUACCAAUGACACCAUUACCAUCACGAAAGAGGAAAGAAAGACGGCACAUGAGCCUAGGCAGAGGUCAAAGAGAAGUUCAGGUCAACAGGCAGACCUCUUAAAAUUUUAUCCCGCACCGUUUCUGGUCCUUGCUCCUGUUCCUCGCACUCCAGAAGGGAAUGCAGAAACAGGGUGGAAGUUAAAGCUGCAAGGAACAGCGUCACAUUCACCUGCUCUGCGAGAGACCAGGCAUGAGCAGGCACCUCUCGUAAGUCUGCUGCAGGCAGGGCUGUCGCGAGUGAGGUGUGCCAAGUGCCUCCGUGUUUUCCUCUGUCUUCAUAACCCGCAGAACCCCUUUUGCACAUCCUUACACAUGUACCGCUUCACCCUUAGCUUGCAGAGGAAGGUCAUACCAACAGUUGUUCUGAUACCAAAAUGAGCCUCUAGCAUGUAGUGUUGCAGACGGAGACGGCCCGGAGACUUAAGUUGGGGAUAUGUAGACUUUUAACUGUACCUUGCAGUCUCUGAGAACCUGUGUCACACUAAUAAAGUUUCCAAGACCGCA